AUGAGUACUGUGGAUGAAUUGACGGAACAGUUUGCUGCUGUGGGAUUUGACGAACCCAAAGUCAAAGAAAUUGUUAAAAACAAGAAGGUUGCCGCUUCUUUAUCUCAGCUGCUUCUUGAGGCUUCCGCUGACACUGAGUGGGAUAAGAGUAACAGAGCACUAUUGCAUAAUCUUGCCACUUUGAUUAAGGGUUCAGACCUGCCACAUCAUGAAUGGAUUGUUGAAGGGAUUGUUUCUGGAGAUUUGAAAACUAACUUGCAGAUUGAUUCUGCAUUCAAAUAUUUGAAAUCGGCUGGUGACAAUGCGACAAAGGAAUCCCUGAAAUCCGAAUCCGGUGUUGGUGUCACCGUUACUGAAGAUCAGGUAAGAAACUCUGUUGCUGUUUAUUUACAAGACAACAAGGAUACGAUUAUGACCGAAAGGUACAAGAUAGUUCCUAAAUUGUUUGCCUCCAUUAAAAACUUACCUGAGCUGAAGUGGGCUGAACCUCGUUAUUUCAAACCAAUUAUCGACCAAGAGGUUUUGAAAAUGUUGGGCCCCAAGGAUGAAAGAGAUACGGUUAAACCAAAGAAGGCAAAGCAAACCAAGAAUCAACAAGACGGCAAGGGCAAGAAAGCUCAAGCCGAAACUGCUAAACCUACCAGAAGCAUGUUCAGUGAAGGCUUCUUGGGGGACCUUCACAAGGUUGGCGAAAACCCACAAGCUUACCCUGAGUUGAUGGUCGAACAUUUGAAAGCCACCGCAGGGAAAGUCCACACUAGAUUCCCACCUGAGCCAAACGGGUAUUUGCAUAUUGGUCAUUCGAAGGCGAUUAUGGUAAACUUCGGGUAUGCCAAGUACCACGACGGUGUUUGCUACCUAAGAUUUGAUGACACCAACCCAGAAGCAGAAGCCCCUGAAUACUUUGAAUCCAUUAAAAGAAUGGUUUCUUGGCUUGGGUUUGAACCUUGGAAAAUUACAUACUCCAGUGAUUACUUCGACAAAUUGUAUGAGUUGGCUAAAGUGUUGAUCAAAAACGGAAAGGGGUACAUCUGCCACUGUACUGCAGAAGAGAUUAGACGUGGCCGUGGUAUCAAAGAGGAUGGGCAACCGGGUGGUGAAAGAUUCGGUUGUAAGCAUCGCGAAAACUCUAUUGAAAAGAACUUGGAAGAAUUCGAAAACAUGAAAGAGGGAAAAUAUCAACCAGGUGAAGCGACUUUGAGAAUGAAACAAGAUUUCUCUUCCCCAAGCCCUCAAAUGUGGGAUUUGAUUGCCUACAGAGUGUUGAAUGCGCCACAUCCUAGAACUGGCUCCAAGUGGAAGAUUUAUCCAACGUAUGACUUCACCCACUGUCUAGUCGAUUCCUUUGAGAACAUUACACACUCUCUGUGCACCACUGAAUUCUACUUGUCUCGUGAAAGUUAUGAGUGGCUAUGUGACCAAGUCCAUGUCUUCAGGCCCGCUCAAAGAGAGUAUGGUCGUUUGAACAUUACCGGUACCAUAUUAUCCAAGCGUAAGAUCGCAAAAUUAGUCGAAGAAAAAAUUGUACGCGGCUGGGAUGAUCCAAGGCUGUACACCCUAGAGGCUAUCCGGAGACGUGGUGUUCCUCCAGGUGCUAUUUUGUCCUUCAUCAACACUCUAGGUGUUACGACAAGUGUAACAAAUAUUCAAGCUGUCAGAUUCGAAAGUGCCAUCAGAAAGUACUUGGAAGAAACCACCCCAAGACUGAUGUUUGUUUUGGAUCCAAUCGAAGUAGUGGUUGAUAACUUACCAGAAGACCAUGAGGAACUAGUGGAGGUCCCUUACAAAGCUGGGUCCGCAGAAUUUGGCUCUCGUACCCUACCAUUCACCAACAGAUUCUACAUCGACCGUUCCGAUUUCUCUGAAACCGUUGAUGACAAGGAAUUCUUCAGAUUAACUCCAUCCCAAUCAGUAGGUUUGGUGAAAGUCCCACGUACCGUUACGUUUGUAAGUGUUGAAAAGGACGCCAACGGCCACAUUACCAGACUGCAUGUGAACUACGAUUCCGAAAAGAAGAAGCCAAAGACCUACAUUCAAUGGGUGCCAGUAUCAGCCAAGUACAACUCACCAGUGCGCAUUGAAGAAACUCGUGUUUACAACCAAUUGUUCAAUUCCGAGAAUCCCUCUGCUGUCGCCGGUGGUUUCUUGAAGGACAUAAACCCUGAGAGUGAAGUUUGCCACAAGGGAUCUGUUGUUGAACACAACUUUCAUUCAGUAAUGGAAAACAAAUUAGAAGUACCACAUACUGGUGAAUUUUAUGUGAAGGAGGAUCCAAACGGUAAGGAAACACAUAGAUUCCAGGGGAUGCGCGUUGGGUAUUUCACUCUGGACAAAGAAUCAACGGCCGAUAAGAUUAUCUUGAAUGAAAUUGUCGGACUAAAAGAUGGUGGCUCCAAAUAA